AUGAAAUUUAUCUUCUGUUUGACUGUCCUUGUGGGGACGUUUUUCUCCGCUCACUCGUUCGUGCAGAAAGAAGACCACGCGCCCUAUUUGGUAUACCUCAAGUCUCACUUCAACCCCUGUGUGGGUGUCCUCGUCAAACACAACUGGGUGCUGGCCCCAGCUCACUGCUACUUACCAAACCUGAAAGUGAUGCUGGGGAAUUUCCGGAUCAGAAUCAGAGAUGGGACAGAGCAGACCCUUCACCCGGUCAGUAUUAUCCGCUACUGGAACUACAGUCACAGCGACCCCCAGGAUGACCUCAUGCUCAUCAAGCUGGCUAAGCCGGCCAACCUCAGCCACAAGGUCCAGCCGCUGGCCCUCGCCACCAGCAACGUCCGGCCGGGCACCGUCUGUCUGCUUUCAGGUUUGGACUGGAGCACAGACAACAGCGGCAGACACCCUGAUUUAAGGCAGAACCUGGAGGCCCCUGUGAUGUCUGAUAAAGAGUGCCAGAAAACCGAACAAGGAAAAAGCCACAGGAACUCCUUAUGCGUGAAAUUUAUGAAAAUGUUCAGCCGAAUUUUUGGGGAAGUGGCUGUCGCUACUGUCAUCUGCAGAAACAAGCUCCAGGGGAUCGAGGUUGGACACUUCAUGGGAGGGGAUGUCGGCAUCUACACUGACGUUCACCAAUACGUAUCCUGGGUUGAGAACGUCACCAAAGACAAAUGAGAGCCCAAGUGCUUGCUCUGCAGCCACCGGAUCUGC